AUGGUAUCUGUCACGUCACGAAGGGGCAUCGCCAUCCAGCGUGCACAAGCCGACACAAUGCGCGACAGGAUUGAGCGCAUAACUGAGGACCUCAAAGAUAUCAAGGAAUUUUUCCCCAUCAAAAUAUCUCCGAGAAGGACGCAGAAGUUACGCGAAUUCCUUACAUCUGAACUCGACUCACUCCGCGACCAACCCUUUGAUCUUUAUGAUCAGCAAGGGAAGGUAGAUUAUCUUCUCGUGAGAAACUACCUAGAAAGGCAGCUCCGCGAGUUGGAACUCGACUGUAAACAGGAUGCAAAGACCGCACUGCUUCUACCAUUUUCAGACACGCUGCUGGAGCUGUGUGAGGCCCGUGCUAUGGUAGUGUCGAUGAAUGCGAAAAAUGCUGCCCAGAAGCUUGUUGAAUCCCAGUCUCAAAUUGCAGCCGUGAUAGAUAUGGUCAAGAACGACUCGACCAAGAUCCGGAUGGAGAAAACAAUUGCGUUUAGAGCGGCGAGAAACAUAGACUCAUUGCACGACAACCUGAAAGAAUGGUUCGAAUUCUACAAAGGCUAUGAUCCGUCUUUCAACUGGUGGGUGUCACAUCCAUAUGGGGUUGUGGAAAAGGGCCUGAAAGAUGUUUCAGCAAGUAUCCGAGAGAACUUGGCUGGUAUCCGCCCAGGCAACGAAGAUGCGAUAGUGGGAGACCCUAUCGGUCGAGAGGGUUUGCUUAGCGAGCUUCUGGGUGAAAUGAUUGCCUACACACCAGAAGAACUAAUCUCGAUCGGAGAGAAGGAGUUCAAAUGGUGUGUUGGUGAACUGAAGAAGGCAUCACACAGCAUGGGGUUCCAGGACAACUGGAACCAAGCCCUAGAAGAAGUCAAGAAUGACUUUGUCGAGCCUGGAAAACAAACCGAGUUAGUCCGAGAUCUCACGAUGGAAGCAAUCUCCUUUGUCGAAGAUCACCAACUCGUCACCGUUCCACCGGUUGCCAAGGAAAACUGGCAGAUGUUUAUGAUGUCGCCCGAGCGCCAGAAAGUAAACCCUUUCUUCCUCGGAGGCGACUGUAUCAUUGUCUCAUAUCCAACGGACCAGAUGGACCAUGAAGCCAAGCUGAUGGGGAUGCGCGGGAACAACAUCCAUUUCUCCCGCGCCACGGUGUUCCAUGAGAUGAUACCUGGACACCAUUUGCAGAUGCACAUGAUUGCGAGAUACAGACCCUACCGCCGCCUAUUUGACACGCCGUUUUGGAUUGAAGGAUGGGCUCUGUAUUGGGAGUUCAUUCUGUGGAAUGACGAGCGGUUCAAAAAGACGCCGCAGAACCGGAUCGGGAUGCUGUUUUGGCGGCUUCAUCGAUGCGCCCGAAUUAUAUUCUCUAUCAAGUUUCAUCUUGGCCAGAUGGCUCCUCAGGAGUGCAUUGAUCUACUCGUCGAUCAAGUCGGACACGAACGAGCCACUGCAGAAGGAGAAGUGAGGCGAUCACUGAAUGGCGAUUAUUCACCGUUAUAUCAGGCCGGGUACAUGCUGGGUGCGUUGCAAAUAUAUGCUUUGCGAAAGGAGACUGUCGAGACGGGGCAUCUUCCCGAGAAGGAAUUUCAUGACCGGUUUUUGAAGGAGAAUUGUAUGCCAAUAGAGUUGGCGCGAGCCUUGAUGCAAGAUCAACCGUUAUCGCGUGAGCACAAACCGUCUUGGAAAUUCUAUUCCUUAUAA